CGGAAGACGAGACGAAGCUCGCGCUACUUGUGGCUCACGGCUUCGCACGCUAACGACCUCUCACGUUUGUUGCGUUCUUCUUUACGUUCUUCCCAACGGAUUUUCGAGCAAAAGAGAGACUGUGCUUGCAGUCUAUAUACGUUACAAAACAGUUACUCUGCUCACUAGCGCAGAGGGCUAAUAAGCGAAGUAUGAUGAUCUUAAAAGCUUUAACUAAACCCGUGAAAUUUUCCGUUUUUCCGACCUAAAGGGCUUACUAUCGAAAAGACGGGACUCUUUAUUGGAAUUGUAUUGCGUAAUGUGUGAUUUAUACCUUUUUGUACAAUUCACAACAGACGUUUCCUGAUAGCAAAUCCAGUAAAUCCAGACGAUAUUUACAUGUUGUGUCAAAGUUACGAUCACUGGCUGGUGAAGAUUUUUUUUGAGGACCCCUUCUUAACUGUGGUCUUAAUUGGUCAAGACUUGUGUGUAACCAUGUUGUAUCUCCUUCACUUUUCACCAGGACCAUCAGUAUCAUUUGCCGGAACAUCUUACAGUUUGUGGGUACUGCUGGCGUGGAUUGGUGCUCCGUUCUUAAUCUACAGACAAGUUAUUGUCCACGGGCUUUUGGUCUUUAACUCAUUUAGAUACCUUGCUCGGUUACACGACAAGGGGAGCUCAAAAAAAGCUGAAUGAUAGGGCGUUUAUGCAAACAAAGACGAUGGUAACAAGUCGGAGAGUGGCGAUACAGUGGAUGUGAGGUGAUAGAUAACAAACGAGGCUUGUAGCGCCGAGUUUGUUAUCUAUCAUCUCGCAUCCAACUAUAGGGCGACUAAAACAGUAGCCUGAUUCUCAGAUAGUCCAGGUCCCAGGCUGCCCGCAGCAACGUGCUCUCUGCCUUCCCCGUUUGUUUUUAAAACAGAGUGUUUUCCCAUGACGUCACGCCAGCCAUAUUGGUGUCCCAAACUCUGCUCCUGUGGGAGUUGAACUCUUUUCUUCUGUAAACACUUUCUUUAAUCACCAAUUAGUUUGCAUGGAUGGUGGCUACGAGAGUGAAAACGUCUAAUAAAUUCUUCACAAGUUUCAUAAGAAAAGACUGGAUGUUAUGGACAUUUCAUCGGUGAUCUAAACGAGACCGGGUAGUAUGAAAGAGCGACUAAAUUUGAUGUGCGCCAUUUACUUAGCGGUCAUUGUAAAACGUGGUGUGUGAAUUUGUAACAAUAAAAAUCAUUAAUAGUAGC